CCCAUGCUAGUAUGUGCUGCUUACUGUACAUUCAAUUUUUCUCAUGAUCAACCACUAUUUGGUUUGUCAUUCAAGCAUUAAAGAUUAAUUUUAUUCACUUGUAACUUCAUUUGUUUUGCAUGUUCAUUAUUACUGCUGAUACUAGUAUAUAUGCCCUAUUAUAAUAGUAUUCAAUGACUACAUUUCUAUAUCUACUUCACUUACUAUCUGAUAACUCUUAAGACAGUACUUGGUAACGAUGGUUCAUGGAUACAUUACAAUUUUGAAGAAAAAUGGGGCUGAUGGUCAGCAAAUCCCGGUGAAACAAAGUGUCAAAAUUGGUCGGAGCUCUCAUUGUGAUGUGAGGAUUCUUGUUCAGUCGGUCUCUGAACAACACUGCCUGGUACUUGUUGAAGAUGGGCAAAGAGCACUUAUUCAAAACUUGAGUUCUACCUCUCAAACAUUAGUUAAUAAUGUUUCUAUUGGUAAAGAGCGCCAUCCACUGCAACAUGGAGAUAUUGUUAGUGUUGGGGAAAGGUCUUUUCGUUGGCAAUAUGCUGAAUCUAAUCCUUUUUAUGAGAGCAAAAGAAUACAUCAGAAGAGGAGGAAGUCUGAAGCAGAUUCUGCACUAGGUUCUCACAAUGUGGCUGUUGUUAAUCCGUUGUAUCAUAAAAGACGAACACUAGGCCCAAAUAUUACCUACUCAGAGCCAUCCACCAGAUCAUUGAAAGUGGCAGUCUUAAAAACGCUGGACACAAAGCAAGGCAGCACUGAUAAGACAGUAGAGGUUGUUGCACUUUCCUCUAUAGUUAAAACUCCCUCAAGGAGAACAUCAGCAGCCUCCAGAACUCCAAAGGCUGAAACUCCCAAAAGCAAGACACCUAAGGUUGAGACUCCCAAAGGCAAGACACCAAAGGUUGAGACUCCCAAAGGCAAGACACCUAAGGUUGAGACUCCCAAAGGCAAGACACCUAAGGUUGAGACUCCCAAAGGCAAGACAUCUAAGGCUGAAACUCCCAAAAGCAAGACACCUAAGGCAGAGACCCCGAAAGCCAAGACACCCAAGGCUGAGACCCCCAAAGCCAAGACACCAAAGGCUGAGACACCUAAGGCUGAAAGUCUCAAAGCCAAGACACCUAAGGCGGAGACCCCCAAAGCCAAGACACCCAAGGCGGAGACCCCCAAAGCCAAGACACCCAAGGCUGAGACUCCCAAACCCAAGACACCCAAGGCUGAGACUCCCAAGCCCAAGACACCCAAGGCUGAGACUCCCAAGCCCAAGACACCCAAGGCUGAGACUCCUAAGCCCAAGACACCUAAGGCUGCGACUCCCAAAGCCAAGACACCAAUGGCCCGUAAAUCAGCUGCUAAGUCAGCAAAGCAAUCUGAGUCAAAAAGAAAAUCUGUUAAGACCACUAAAGGAUCGAAGAGAAGAUUGUCUUCUCCUUCGUCUGUUGCUGCUAAACGAAUGAAGAUUGAAUCUCCAAAAUCAAUCGAUAAAAAGAAGAUGACUGCCCUGAUGGGUAUCCAUGGCAAGUCUCCAAGAGUUGCACCUUCAUCUACCCCUAUUGUCAGGCUAAUAUUAUCAGCAAAGAAAACUCCAAUUAUUAAGACCACUAAAACACCGCGCUCUAGCACAGUAAAGAAAUCAGGGGUGAAGAGUUCCAUCAAAAAGGCACAUAAGCCUACAUUUGCUGAAAUUUUGAAGAAAAAGGCUGUGCAGAGAGCUAAUGCUGUAGUCAAAAAGUUAGCUCUUGCCCCCAAUCCCCGACCCAAGGUUGCACCAAAAAAAGUUGAAAAAGUUCCCUUAUCCACUGAGAUACCACAGAACUUUAAAUUUGGUUCAACUGGUCAUGCCAAUUCCCCGGAAACAAUCUUCAUUGGCAGGAAGGCUACAAAGACGCCUGUUGCUACUAAGAAAGGUCGGAAAGUUCCAUUGAUUCAACAAACCUUGAGAGGAGGUAUCAAUUUGUCAGGUAUUUCUGAAAUGUUUCAAACUCCACUGAAAGAUGUUUCUGUAAAGAGCACAAGUUCAUCUUCUGGUUUCCCUCCAAAUACCUCUGCUUUGUUAGCUUCUUCACCAUCUCCUGUAAAGUCAGCAAGUAUUCACAAAUCACUUAGAAACUCCAGAAGUGUUGUGAGUACACCUACCAACAAGCCUUCCCCUGUUAAAACACCCAAAACUGGUCAACUAACAGAAUCAAGAGAAAAGAGGUCUGCAGCAAGAACUUCUGUGAAAUCAACCAGUCCUUCUAAGACUCCUUUGGCCAAUUCAGUGAAUACCUCUGGACGGUCCAGCACUCGUUCUACCUCUUUUCUGGAAGAAGAGAAGAUUCCUGCAAGAACACCCCGAAGUGUCUCUAAAUCUGUUUUGCAGUCAGGUUCUAAGAAACAUUGUGCCCUCCUUACUUCCACUCCUGCAGUAUUUGGUAGAAGUCAAUCAUUUGCAGAGUCAGCAUUUGACUCUCCUUCUUCAUUGCUUACUGGACAGAUAAGUGCACCUCAAAGUCCAGCUUCUGGAAGAAAGUCUCGACUUGAUAUGGUUGCACCCAGGUCUUCGUAUGUCCAUUCGCCUCUUGCAUCUCCUGUUAAAUCAUCAUUGAAGAACUCGCCCUCCAAGAGUCCACCAUCAGCAGGGCAUAGCAAGAAUUUGUCUGUUUCAUUCAAUGACAGUAUUCAUAUUAAAAUGCUAGUAUCGAACUCAAAGAAGACUGUUGACACAACCGCCUCUCUCAGCUCUCCUGCUUCUUCUCAUGGCAGCGAAGGUCAUGGUGGUGUUGCUACUCCAGAUUUAACUACAUUUGAUUUCAACAGUAUCAAAACACCAAAUGUUCCUCGUGAAAUGUUUGUAUCAUCAAUUUUAAGUUCAGCUGGUAGUAGUUCUAGCAGUCCAACAGCAGGAAGUGCAAAACGGAAAGGGAAGGCACCAAAAUCCCCAACAAAUGAUCUUUCUGAUCUACGUGGUGUCCGCCGUCUCAUGCAAACUCCGUCCAGUCCUGCUGGAUAUGUCGAUGUUAAGGGUAUUAAGAGACUAAUGGCAACAUGCCCAACUCCUACAUAUUUGGCUGUUGAAGGUGUAAAAAAACUGUUUAAUGAUGCUGCAGCUGCUGCUGGAAAUGACCCUGCCAGUUUUGCAGGUGUGCGAGAACUUUUUGGCUCACCGUCUCUUUCCAAAGUUAAAAGAUUUUCUCUAAAAUCUAGCCUUUGUGAAUCCCUACAAACAACACCUGUAGCUAAAAUUCAGGCUGAGGUAGAGAGUAAGGGCAGAUCAUCAACUGGGUCAUCUUCAAAGACCAGUAAGCUCACUCAGUCUCCAGUGAAUGUUACACCAACACUCACUGUAAGCUCUAUUGAUAAGUCUCAAGAUGGAAAGAAACUUAAAGCGAGUGAUGCUAAAGUUACUCGAAACAAAUUGAAGGAGUCUGUGUCUGAAAAGGAGACUACUCCCAAACGAACUUCCUCCAAGAAUGAAGCAAGAGAACCUAGAACAUCUACACAGGCUGUUGCAGCUGAAACAGUGAAACCAACAAGAAAAACAAGGAAAGCUGCUCCUUCACCUCAAAUUGUUAAAUCAAACUCUCCAGUAGUUGAAUCGCCCCCCAAACGACAGACCCGGAGGACUGCCAAAGCCUCUACUCCUCUGAAAAAAUCUCCUGAACAUAAUCUGCCCAAGACUCGAACUCGCAGAGGUGUCAAAACUGCUUCUCCUGUUACAACUAAGAACUCCAGAAACAGUUCUGAAUCUGUCCGAGAGGCAAGCCACUCAUCUACCGUAGAUGAAGAAAUUGGUACCUCUGUUACAGCUCCAAAAUCCUCACCUGCAAAGGCAGUUUCUAAAAGGGUCAAAUCGAAACAGGCAGUUGCUAAAUCACCUGUUAUAGGAAGUCCUCCCAAGAAAAGAACAACACGACGAGGGGCUAAAGCGGGUGAAAGUUCUUCAGUUGAAAAGCCUUUAAAGCGAGCACUUUCACCUUCUAAAGAUGAGUCAGACUCACCUGUGAAGAAACUGAAAAAGGAUGUUACUAAGUCCCCGGCCUCAGAGAAAUCCCCUCCUAAGAGAGCUACUAGAAGGGCUAAAAAGAAUGCAACACCUAUCAAAGAAACAUCUGAACCUCUGAGUGCUACUCCCUCCAAAAGGAAACGGAAAAUUGUUUCUUUUGAAGAUGAUGUUGUCACUCCAUCCAAAAAAGGUAAAACUGAGGCUCUAGAAGAAGUAGCUAGCCCUCAUGUUGUCAGCCCCAACAAUGAGAAGACCAAGAAAGCACCAAGUAAAAAGCAAACCAAGGCAAAGUCUGUAAAAUCAGCCAAAACAACCAAGAAGGCAACCCCUGCUGUAACUGUAUCACCAAGAAGAACCCGUAGUAGGAAGUGAUUUUACUUUCUAAAAAUUGUUUAGGUAGUUUGUAAGCUCCAAAAAUCUCCUUUCAACUGAAAUUGAGCUUUUUUGUCUUAAAAUGAAUAGUUGGGAGAGGAGUGGUCAAGAGCAGAAAGUGAAUUGAUUUUAUUCAAACUUUUUUUUCUCUUAGUUUUAUUUGUGUGCGUAUUUUAAAUUGGCAAAUACAAUUAUCUGCCUUAUUUGUUAAGUUCCCAUUACUUUAAUUUUGGGUAAAUAGUAAAGUACCUAUUAGAAUUAUUUUUUUUCUCUGUAAACGGAUGGAUAUGGACAAGGUGUAUUGAAGCAACUCAUUAUGAUUACUUUGCUCACUUUUAUGUGUCUACCAGUAAGGAAGGCAGAAUUUUCAAUGAAUUUAGUGAACCUUUCAAACAUACCCUCAAGAGUUUGAAAUUGAAUUAAAGCACUUUUUGUUUGCCUCUCCAGAUUUUUGCAAAUAAUUUUAAUUUAUGGACAUAUCAAAUGAUUGUUGCACUUAAAGUACAAAUGUAUUUGAGGUUGAUGUACAAACUGUUCUCAGAUUAAUUAAGAUAUUGCUUUUUUGCUAAGUGUAAUUCCUUGUAUGAAAACAAACAUGAUUUAGUGACUGGUUAAAAAUCCAAGUAUUUUUCAAACUGUCAUGUCACCUUUAAAAAUGUAAUUUUCUAUUUUGCAUUGCAUUUCUGUUUAAUGUGAUGAUUAAAUGAAGUUGUUGAAUGUAAAUAAGUGUAUGUAGAGAGUAGAGAAGACCAGUGUGAUUUUUUCCUUUAGUAUGAUUGAAGAUUUUAUUUUUUUAUGUUGUGAAGUAAUAAGUUGCCUUGAUAAUCUAGACCACCCAAAUGAAAUAUGUAAGCCAAAUGACUUGUACCUGUUUCUUGUGGUUUUACAUUUUGUACCUUACCUUCCAUCCGUAUUAAGUUAAUUUUUGUGUGCUGUGGAUUCAGGACUUUUUGACUUUAAUUGACUAACAUUUUCAAAUUAACUGCUUGAUUUGUAUUCAGAGGAUGUGUGUGCAAUUUUGAUGUCAGAUCUCAUAUUUUGUUAAUUUUAUAUAUCUCAUGAAGACUAUGGUCUUAUGAAUUAAAUGCACAAUUUCUAUCCAACUUCUUUCUUCAACAUCAAAGCACCCCUAUUAGAUUUAAUUUUGAUGACAACAGUUAUGGGCAACAGUCAUGCAUUUUCAUAAAGGGUAUGAUGUGCAAUAAGUGAAACCAACUUAAACAAGUCUUUUCAAUCUGUUGCAUUUUAUUGAUUGUUUACACAGCCUUUUCAUUAGAUAGAAAUCACAAACAACUAGUGUUUCAUUCUUCAUUUAAACUAUAUGAUAAAUUACGACAUAACAACAAAUCUACAUCAUAUCAGUCCAGUGAAAUUCCUCUAUUACAAUAUCUUAAAGAAGUGAUGAGAUGGGCUUUAAAUGAAGUAACUAUAUAUGGUUUUGGUCUGUGCUGAUGCCUAAAUUGGAAGCAUUUUGAAGAAAAAUAAACCCAUUGGGCAGAGAGGAUGUUACCCCAGAACUCCACAUAAAUAAUUGACCACCUUGCAGGGUGUUCAGUGAAGGUUCAUUGCUACACACAGUUAAAUAACAAUCAAAAGAAAUUGAUGCACAUGAAGAGAAUACAAAGCAUAUCAGGAAAAUUUAAAAGAGACUAUGGUAGCAAUUCAAGAAAAAAAGCUUAAUGACUUGAAAGGGGUAACAUGCCUAAUAGGAGACAUAUCUUAACAUUGUCCAGGAUUGUAGUAAACAGUUGAUUGAGCAGAAGAGUGAUACCGGUGGUCAUUUAUCAUUGAAUGAGCUAACAAGCCAUUGAUUGAAACAGUAACAGCAAGAAACCCUUAAAAGUAAAACAUGGAUAAAAAAGAAAUAUAUAAUCUAUGUAUAAUAAAUCACAGAUGCCAGCCAAAGGGCUGAUAUAAUAAAGUGAAGAAUAGAGCUUCUCUUCUACAUAUGAAAUGAAUAAAUUUUCCAAGAAAAAAAAG